UAUAUUUUUAAAAAUAUAUGUAUAAAGAAGGUGUGAAUCCAUUUGAAAUAAUGCUUAAUAAGAAAGUUUAGGCAAUAACAACAGAUGGUCGAGUGUUUUGUGGGUAUAAUUUAAUGAUAUAUUUAAUGGACUCUAAUAGGAAUAGAUUAAGCAAUGAAUUGUGUUUUAUAAAACAGUGAAGAGAGAGUGUAUUCAAUAGAGAGUGGUGUUAAAUUUUUAAAUGCAGGAUUGUAAGUGAUAAGGGGAGAUACGGUUGCAGUUUUAGGAGAGAUAAAUUUAGAGAAAGAGAGAAGGAUAGACUUUGAUAAGGUAAAAGCCAAUUAAUUGCCUCCAAUAUUCAGCAAUACUCAUUGAUGUAAUAAGAAUAUGAAAUUGAUUAUUUUUUAAUGAAUAAGGUGG